CUUUCCGCCUCGAACAAAAUCUCAACGCUUGUCUCUUUCUCCAUUUCUCCCAAACAAAGGGUUUUAGCUCUGUCGACCUCUCUCUGCAUUUUAAAAAUCCCUAAAUUCUAAACCUCAUAAACCCUAAAAAUGGAGGGAUUAUCAUACCAACGAUUCCCUCGCAUCAAAAUCCGAGAAUCGAAGAAUGAUUACUGUAAGUUUGAACUUCAUGACACAGAUGCAAGCAUGGCUAACGCACUUCGAAGAGUAAUGAUUGCUGAAGUUCCAACGAUCGCAAUUGAUCUCGUCGAAAUCGAAGUGAACUCUUCAGUUCUCAAUGAUGAAUUUAUUGCUCACCGUCUUGGACUCAUUCCUUUAACUAGUGAACGAGCUAUGUCUAUGCGGUUCUCCCGUGACUGUGAUGCUUGUGACGGUGACGGUCAGUGCGAGUAUUGCUCUGUUGAGUUUCAUCUUCGUGCUAAAUGUAUUAGUGAUCAAACCCUAGAUGUUACUAGUAAGGAUUUGUUGAGUUCUGAUCAUACUGUUACUCCUGUUGAUUUCUCUGAAUCUCCUUCUGAUGAUGCUGAAAACAGGGGAAUCAUAAUUGUGAAAUUACGUAAAGGCCAAGAGUUGAGGCUUAGAGCAAUUGCUAGAAAGGGGAUUGGGAAAGAUCACGCCAAGUGGUCUCCUGCUGCAACUGUCACCUUUAUGUAUGAACCGGAGAUUCUUAUUAAUGAAGAUUUAAUGGAAACCUUAACGCUUGAACAGAAAAAAGAGUGGGUUGAUAGCAGUCCUACCAAAGUCUUUGACAUUGAUCCUAAUACUCAACAGGUCGUUGUAGUUGAUCCUGAGGCCUAUUCUUACGAUGACGAGGUUAUCAAGAAAGCGGAGGCUAUGGGAAAGCCAGGGCUCGUGGAGAUCUACCCAAAAGAAGACAGUUUCAUUUUCACAGUCGAGUCUACUGGUGCAAUCAAGGCUUCACAAUUGGUGCUUAACGCCAUUGAAGUCCUGAAGCAAAAGCUGGAUGCAGUUCGCUUGCCAGAAGACGCAAUUGAUGCUGAUAAUUUUGUUGAAUUAGGUGCCCAUAUGUGAGGCGAUUUAACUAACAUGGUAAAUCUAACUGAUCUAGCAUCUCAAUACAUUUUCGUGUAAGCAUAAGACAACUUGCUUGUGUGUCGAUUCCCUGCUGAAUGAAUUAUCUAAUGUAAUGCUGAUCUUCAUUCCUAAUUUUUGAACUGUGCCAGACUAUUUUGUUUAAAAACUUACAAUCACUGGCAUAAACCACAGCUUUAAAAUCUAUUCGAUGCAUCCAUUGAAUGCCCUUUUAAUUUAA